AUGAAGGUUAGAGUCACUCCAGCCCCUCAUCAUGCCAGUGAAACAUUCCCGACGUUUCCUCCCCACAGAAACUGCCCCGCUCCUACAGGAUGUGGACCAUCCGGAUGCCGACCAACAACCUCAACAUCGUCUUUUACGUCUAUCCUGCAGGAACCCCUCACUCCCCUCACUCAAGUGCUUCUUGUAGUAGCGUUGAUAUUCUUGCUACUGAGCUCCGUCUUCAUUGGCCUAUUCGCCGGCGCACAACACAAGCUUAACACAUGGCAUGGCGGUGACUCUCCUAGCACCGUCACUUCUACAGUGUAUGCCACCACGACACAGACACAGACACAGAUACAGACACAGACAGCGACUUCUACGUCCGUCUCGACAAGCACUGUGAGCGUGCCUGGCCCUCCUACAUGUCUAUCCGCUGAUUGUAUCAUUCUGUCGUCCUCGAUUUUGUCUUCGUUGGACACUAGCCAAGAUCCCUGUGAGAACUUCUAUGACUUCGCCAACGGCGGUUGGCUGAAGAUUCACCCAAUUCCUUCUGACAAGGGAGUGUUUGGGAACUUUGAGGCCCUUGCGCAGCAGAACCGAAGGGUGCUCCAGGAGAUUCUCACGUCCGACGCAUACGUCUCACCCUCGACGCUCACCACUUCGUACGACGCGCAGCUCAUGAAGAAGCUGCGUGGCCUGUAUGGGUCUUGCAUGGACGAGGAGAAGCUCAACCAACUUGGCUCUUUACCUUUGGCGACCGUGACAAACAAGAUCAGGAAACUGCUCUAUGGCAAAGCUACUGUAGUCGACGCCAAGAUACCUAAAGUCCUGACGAAGAAGAUGACUGGACUGACGGCAGCUAUUGCUUACCUCCACACUCGGGGUAUCGGUGGUCUAUUCUCCGCUGAAAUUGAAGGUGACGUCGGCACUGACCCGAACUUCAUGACGUUGUGGUUCAGUCAACCCGAGCUUGGUCUCCCGUCUAAGGAAUAUUACGAAGAAGAAUCAUUCAUUGACCUCUAUCAAGAGGUCCUCGAACGUCUUCUCGUUACUCUGUCAGAGGAAGAGGAAUAUGUCGAUGGCAGUGAGGUCUACAGGCUGGGUAGUAGCGAGGCUGUGUAUCAGGAACGCUUGCGCGUAUGGCCGCCUUGGCCCUGGCCGCCAUGGGGCGGUGAUGAUGACGGCGACGACGACGGUCAUGACGAUGAACCUGAACCCAUGGACCCGGAGAAGGCCCACAAGGUAGCGAAGGACAUCAUCGCAUUCGAGAAGUCUAUUGCCAACGCAAGCUUGGAUCUUGAUAUUCUGUAUCAAGAUCCUAUUGCGACAUACAAUCCCGUCCCAAUUGACAACCUGACCGCCCAGCUCCCUCAAGUCGACUUCCCAGAGUACUUCGCCGCGUUUACUCCGCGUAAUUUCCCAAACACUGCCAUCCUGACGUCUGUGACGUACCCAACAUCGCUGUCGGCCAUACUGAACGAGACGAGUGCCGAAACACUGGAAGGCUACCUCGUGACGCGUGCAGCCCUCGCGUUGGCGCCUUAUCUCGGAUAUGACACCGAGGCGUGGAAGGCAGUACGCAGCCUGGAAGAGCGCUUGAAGGGCUUGAAGAAAGGUGCGGUCGGUGACCGCGCGGAGUACUGCACGGCCGAAGUAGAGGCGGCGAUGGGCUUCGGCACUGGAAGGUACUUCGUCAACGAGACUUUCGCAGGGGACUCGAAGAGAAAGGGCACCCAGAUCAUCAAAGACAUCAUCGAGACAUUCAAGAGUUCUCUAGGACACCUGGAGUGGAUGGAUCAGAAGAGCGCUGCUGCCGCUGCGGAAAAGGCCGACGCGAUUCGUGUCAAGGUGGGAUAUCCUCUGUCUCCGGACACAGAGAACCCCGCGUCGAUCUUGACGUACUACUCGCGCGUAAACAUCGACUCUGGGACUUUCCUCGAGAACAUUCUCAGCAGCAACGCGAACGAGGAGUACUUGACAUGGCAAAAGCUUGGCAAACAAAGAGAUACCGAGGCGUGGGAGAUGUACCCAUCCACGGUCAACGCGUACUUCAACCCGCCGGCCAAUGAGAUCGUUUUCCCAGCCGGGAUCUUGCAGCCACCGUUUUUCUCUCGAGUCUGGCCUGGAUACAUGUCAUAUGGCUCGUUUGGACAGGUGGCUGCCCAUGAGCUCACGCAUGCAUUUGACUCCGCCGGAAGACUGUAUAAUCAACAGGGCAAGCUUGAGCAAUGGUGGACGAACGCUACUAGCGAAGGUUUCAAGAAGAGGCAAGACUGCAUUGUCAAGCAAUAUUCUGAGUAUACCAUCGACGACGGCAAGGGCGGGAAGAUCCACGUAAAUGGGAACCUCACGUCCGGGGAGAACAUUGGCGACACGGGCAUCAUUCAAGCAUACCGCGCUUGGAAGGCGCAGUACGACUCUAGUUUUGCUAAUGGCGGCGAAUAUCUUCUACCUGGACUGAACUUCACGCGAGAGCAACUGUUCUUCAUUUCCUUUGCUCGUGGGUGGGCAAGGAACAUCAAGACAGAGUCGGCUGUUGCCCGCGUUCGCACAGACCCGCAUUCGCCCAAUCAAUACCGUGUCGACGGCACGGUAUUCAAUAUCCCAGAGUUCGCAGCAGCUUUCCAAUGUUCAGACAAAGCAAAGCUGAACCCUCCGAUGGAGAAGCGGUGUCUAUUCUGGUAG